AUGCGCCGGGAUUUUUCUCUUUUCCUUGUGUUUUUUUGGCUAAGAAGUGUAACUCUUGCUUCCAAUUUGGCCAAGAUUUCUUCAGAGAAUGGUGCUGUUUUCGCCACCAGUCGAGACUAUACGACCGGAUAUCGCUCGGUAGCAUAUUUCGUUAAUUGGGCUAUUUACAGCCGAAAAUUUAACCCUCAAGACCUUCCAGUCGAGCAACUCACACAUGUUCUGUAUGCAUUUGCUAACGUGCAUGCGGAGACAGGAGAAGUAUAUUUGUCAGACUCCUGGGCUGAUCUUGAAAAGCGCUACCCUAGCGAUUCUUGGAAUGAGAACGGAAACAACGCUUAUGGAUGUAUAAAGCAGUUGUUCUUACUCAAGCAGAGAAAUCGCAAUUUAAAAGUGCUGCUUUCUAUCGGCGGGUGGUCAUAUUCUAAGAAUCUUGCAGCCUCACUCGGUACCGAUGCUGGCAGAGAAGCUUUCGUUUCGUCCGCCGUGAAUCUUGUCAGGAACCUGGGCUUUGAUGGUCUCGAUAUUGAUUGGGAAUAUCCUGCCAACAACACUCAAGCAGAAAAUAUGGUAGCUUUGCUCAAAGCACUGCGCACGGCCCUUGAUAAUUACAGUACGGCCCAUGCAGACGGUUACCAUUUUUUGAUAACAGUCGCAUGCCCAGCCGGUCCGAGUAAAUACCAGAAGCUCCAUGUCACGGAAAUGGACCAGUACACUGAUUUCUGGAAUUUGAUGGCCUACGAUUACUCUGGAAGCUGGGAUAAUGCCUCCGGACAUGAUGCCAACAUUUACCCAUCCAUUGAUAAUGGUCUCAGUACCCCGUUCAAUACGGAGGAAGCCAUCGAAUUUUACACAACCAAUGGUGUAGAUGCCAAAAAGCUCGUACUGGGGAUGCCACUAUACGGCAGGUCUUUUUUGGACACUGACGGACCAGGCAAAAGUUACAAUGGGGUGGGAAGUGGUAGCUGGGAAAAUGGCGUUUGGGAUUACAAAGCCUUGCCUCUGAAAGGUUCCGACGUCAAAUUCAUGGAGCAAACAGUCUCUAGCUACAGUUAUGACCAUACCCAGCGCAUGAUGGUCAGCUUCGAUACACCCCAAGUAGCUCAGAAAAAGGCACAGUAUAUCAUGAAAAAAGGUCUCGGAGGGGGAAUGUGGUGGGAGAGCAGCAGCGACAAAACAGGCCCUGACAGUUUGAUCAGUACCGUCAUUACAUCGUUUGGAGGCAUUGGCGCCUUGGAAAAAAGCCAGAACCAGCUCAAUUAUAACGCUUCUGAGUACCUUAACAUUAAGAAUGGGUCUAAAUAG